AUGAAGCGCGAAAAUUUUUUAAAUGUUGAAAUACCAAUACCAGCUAUUCAAAUUGGACCAACAUUUGAUGGUAAAGAAUUAACUAAACAUAUUAUUACACGUGCACGUGCACAAUUUGUUGAUGGAAGAUUAAUGAAAUCUAUGGAUGUUAUGUUAGCUGGAAUAAAUACAAAUGAUAAACAAAUUAAAUUACAUUUAAUACAUUCAUUAGCAGCAAGUUCAUUUAAUUGUCUUAUUUCAUUACUUAUUUAUACACAAACAGAAGCUUUACUUUAUAAAGCUUUUAUUUUUAAUGCUAAUCCAGCUAAGGAUGAAUAUAUUUUUGAAAAUAUAAUUGAUCCAGAUUAUAAAUAUAAAUUUCCUCUUGAACUUGAACGUUAUAAUGCAAAAGAUAAACGUACAUUAUUAAAUAUAUUAUGUAAAAAAAUUUUAACAACAUCUAAAUCAGAUAAUUCAUUACAUCAACAACAACAUCUAUCAAGUACACCACGUUAUUUAUCUUCACAAUAUUUAUUUGGUACUAGUUUAACAGAUGAAUUAGCUGUUUUUGAUUUUACAUCAGCUGCUGUUAAUCAACAACAAAAUGAUUUAAAUAAAAAACCAGUAUUAAUCGAAGGUUCAGAUGAUGAAAUUGCUUCUGAAUUUAUUGAUAUGAAAAUGGAUGAACUUAAUUUACAUCCAUGUAUGAUACCAAUGGUUUGUUUAUUAAAACAUAUGGAAACAAAUGGAAUUAUACCAAUAAAUGAUCAUAUAUCUGAUAGGCCACCAUCGAUGAUAUGUAUCUAUAAAAAAUGUAGUAAUCCACUUAUAUAA